AGGAGCAGUUUCAGCAAGUGCUUUUUAAAAAACGCACACAUUAUAAAAUAAUGGAAUUGGAAAACAGGUCACAAAUCCCCAGUGUCCUGCUCAUUACAAGUAAUCUUGCAAGUCAAUUGUGAGAUCACAAGGAACCUCGCCUCUUUAAGAUAAACUGGCUGCUGGAAUUCUGCACGCCCUAGAACCACGUGCUGUUACUUCCUUCUUUUGUUUGGUCAGAGGGGCCAUGGCUUCUUCCGUGCUGCUUGUGUUGCUGUUGGUUUGGAGGGCAGGUGCUGAGCUUCGCCUUGCCGCCUAUUAUGGCGAUCACAUGGUACUGCAGAAGCAACCAAGUCAGGCCGUCAUAUGGGGCUAUGGGGAUCCUGGCGCCAACAUAAUAGUGACUGUUUCUAAGGAUCGCAACGUUAUGGAAAAAAUGACAGACAUUAAAGGCUCUGGGAUCUGGAAAGUACUCCUGAGUCCUAUGGCCCAAGGUGGCCCUUUCAAUAUACAUAUACGGCAAUACUGGACGGGACAGGAAUCAAAUGUGACGUUGAACGAUGUCUACUUUGGAGAUGUCUGGUUUUGUAGUGGACAAAGUAACAUGGAAAUGACAGUUUCUCAGAUAUUCAAUGCCAGUAAGGAGCUUGCAGAGGCUUCCCAUUACUCACUCGUCCGUGUGUUUUCAGCCGGUCUUGUCCAGUCUGAAGUGGAACUGCAGGACCUUGCCAGCGUCAGCUUGCCGUGGUCUAUUCCAACAGCCAAGAACCUUGGCCAUGGAGACUUCAGUUACUUCUCUGCUGUGUGCUGGCUCUUUGGCCGGUAUUUGUUCGAGAAGCUCAAGUAUCCCAUAGGACUGAUAGACUCCUCCUGGGGAGGGACACCAAUAGAGGCCUGGUCUUCCAAGAGGGCACUGCGGGAAUGUGCAAUCUCAGGAUACUCUAAAAAGGCUGCUUCCUUAUCCAUUGAUUCUGGCCCCAAAGUGUUAUCAGUGCUCUGGAACGCCAUGAUUCACCCUUUUCUCAACAUGACCCUCCAAGGUGUUAUUUGGUAUCAAGGUGAAGCGAACACCCUUAUAGACACCAGUCUGUACAACUGCACAUUUCCUGCACUCAUAGAAGACUGGCGGAAAGGCUUCCAUGAAGGGUCUGACUGGCAAACUCAGCGGUACUUUCCCUUUGGCUUCGUCCAGUUAUCUACAGUUCGCUCUAAGGAACAUAAUGACAACUUUGCACGUAUUCGAUGGCACCAAACAGCAGACUAUGGCUUUGUCCCUAAUAAGAAAAUGCUCAAUACUUUCAUGGCUGUGACUAUAGAUCUUGGUGAUGAAAAUUCCCCCUAUGGAAGCAUCCAUCCUCGAGAUAAGCAGACAGUGGCCUCUCGAUUGCUCCGUGGUGCCUUGGCAUUAGCGUACGGUGAUAAAAGCAUCGCUUUCCAGGGCCCAUACCCUGAGAGAGUGGAGGUGGAUGUAGCCCGCAAAAGUAUCAAUGUUUCCUAUAAAGGAGAUAUCCUGCUUCGCCGCUUGACCAAUAACACGUUUGAGGUGUGCUGCUCUGCAGAGUCAUUGUGCCAUUGGAGCCCAGUAUCCAUUGCUACCAGCGCUUCCCACACAGUGAUUCUCCACAACCCAGAGUGCCCAAAUAGCACCGUCGGCCUCCGCUACGCGUGGAAUGAGUGGCCAUGCGACUACAAGCUAUGUCCUAUUUACAACACAGAUGGAUUGCCUGCCCCUCCGUUCAUCACAUUUUCGCAGAAGAACUCUGGUUGGACUAUAUCGUGAGCAGAAAGAUGGGUGGACAGUCUUAUAUUUUGGCCUCACAGGCUGCCCUAUGAAGUUCUGAAAAAUUGUAGUGGCAGAUUAUGUUUCUCAAUGUAGUAAACCUCUCUGGCAGAGGGAGAGAAAAACCUUAAAAUUGGGGGUUGUGGUUGCUUACGCCUCAGAAAAGAUUAUAGAAGUUGCUGCUGGGGAACUUACAUUGCACUUAGCACCUGCAUGAACCUUUAAUGGUCCCUUCUUCACUGCCUGCUCUGAAGUUUUGCAGAAACCGCAUCAUCUUAGUGAAACAAGGCAAACCUGCUCAAAAUUCUCUCUGUGCAGCUCUCCAAAGGAAAAGGCCUAAUUUGGACCACGGCUUUGGAGUAAAACAGGUGUAGUGCAACAUAAUACAUUUGUUUGCUGCUUCUAGAACAUAGCUGAGUUGGCUCUCAUGGGGACUCUCUUGGGUUUCCCCUGCAGCUUUUGUUCCAGAACUACAAUAAAUUGUUCCACCUGGAGUAACACAUACAACUCUGUUCCAUGUAGGUUAAAUUCUAUAUUGAAAUUUUGUUACCAGACUUCUACUUUGAAAAAGGGAGUACAGUAAAUUAAAAGGUAAAGGACACCCGGGCAGUUAAGUCCAGUCAAAGGCGACUGUGGGAUUGCGGCGCUCAUCUCGCUUUCAGGCCGAGGG